CCAGGGCCGGCGGUGCAGUGCUGUAUCUUUUUAUUCGCGGCAGUUUGGCUUUUUUAAAACUUUGGAGCCGCGGUGGUAUAAAAGACUGAGUCUGGAAAGGGCCGCCGUUCCCAGUUCUCUUUCCUCCAAGUUUGCGAUUCCCCGGUCCAACAUGGACAAAGUCUGUGCUGUGUUUGGCGGCUCCCGGGGCAUUGGCAGGGCAGUGGCCCAGUUAAUGGCCCAGAAAGGCUACCGACUGGCCAUCAUCGCCAGAAAUCUGGAAGUGGCCAAAGCCGCCGCCGGUGACCUCGGCGGUGGUCACUUGGCAUUUAGCUGUGAUGUUGCCAAAGAACAUGAUGUUCAAAAUACAUUUGAAGAGAUGGAGAAAAAUUUAGGUCCUAUUAGUUUCUUGGUAAAUGCAGCUGGAAUUAACAGGGAUAGCCUUUUAGUAAGAGCAAAAACUGAAGAUAUGGUAUCUCAGCUUCAUACUAACCUUUUGGGUUCCAUGCUGACCUGUAAAGCUGCCAUGAAAACUAUGAUUCAACAACAGAGAGGGUCUAUUGUUAAUGUAGGAAGUAUAAUUGGUUUAAAAGGCAAUGCGGGCCAAUCUGUGUACAGUGCCAGUAAAGGAGGAUUAGUUGGAUUUUCACGUGCUCUUGCUAAAGAAGUAGCAAGGAAGAAAAUUAGAGUGAAUGUAGUUGCACCAGGAUUUGUUCAUACAGAUAUGACGAAAAACUUGAAAGAAGAACAUUUAAAGAAAAAGAUCCCCCUUGGGAGAUUUGGAGAACCUAUUAAUGUGGCACAUGCGGUUGUGUUUCUUUUAGAAUCGCCGUAUAUUACAGGGCAUGUUCUGGUAGUUGAUGGGGGAUUACAACUCACAAUGUAAUUUACAGAUUAUUCAGUUAAUAAUAGUGAUUAGAAUCAAGGGCGCACUUUGGCGGUUGAUGAAACAAUCAUACCUACAUGGGUGACAUUUGCUAAUCAAACCUAUUCAUGCUACAAAUGUUGAUUU